UGUUCAUACGUACGUGGUUUUGAUAUGGAUACCGUUAAACUUCUAAAUGGAUAUUAUACAAUAAAUUAUGGAUUUAUGGAAUAACUUUCUUGUGGAUAAUGGUUGACACAGGACAGGAAUAAUGUCGAACGUUAAAGUUGCUGUAAGAGUAAGGCCAUUGUCAAAUCGUGAAAGAGAACAAGGCUCUCAAACUAUUAUUGAAGUUAUUGGUGAUGUUAUUGCUCUCACAAACUUAAAAGUUGAUCCAAACAAUCCUUAUGGAGAUAACCGAGAACGAGAGAAACAUUUUUGUUAUGAUUUUUGUUAUAAUUCUACAAGUAAACCAGAUACACCAGGAUAUGGAUCUCAAGAACAGAUAUUCCAAGAUCUUGGUACAGAUGUCAUACAAUCUGCUGUGGAGGGAUACAAUGCGUGUCUGUUUGCGUAUGGACAGACAAGUACAGGGAAAACAUAUACCAUGACAGGAACAGAGGAAGAAGUUGGUCUGAUUCCAAGAAUUUGUGAAGGAUUAUUUAGUCAUAUAGAAUCGGAACAAGAUGAGAAAAUUACAUUUAAAGUGGAAAUAAGUUAUUUAGAGAUAUAUAAUGAGAGAGUUCGAGAUUUGUUAAAAUCUGGUUUUGCCAAUGAAAAAUAUACGUUAAAAGUUCGAGAGCAUCCUAAAGAGGGACCAUAUGUACAAGAUUUAUCCUCCCAUAGAGUAAAAAAUUUAACUGAAACUUUAGGGUUUUUGGAAAGAGGAAAUGAUAAUAGGACAACUGCAGCAACACACAUGCAUGAACACAGUAGUCGUAGUCAUGCUAUAGUUACAUUAGUUUUUACUCAGGCAUUAUUUGAAGAUGAUCUACCUCGAGAAAUUGUUAGUAAAAUUCAUUUAGUGGAUUUAGCGGGAAGUGAAAGAGCUGACACAACAUCAACCCUCAAUUAUAAAGGAAGAUUAAAAGAAGGGGCCAAUAUCAAUAAAUCACUGGUUACUCUUGGCAAUGUCAUUAAAGCAUUGGCUGAGCGUUCCCUGUUGUCAUGGACACAGAUGGGUUCAACUCAAAGUGUCACCAGUUCUAGUGCUGAAAAUAGUGCUCAUAGUCCUAGCUCACCUCGUCGACAUCAAACUGUCUUUAUUCCCUAUCGUGAUUCCGUCCUCACAUGGCUGCUUAGGGACAGUUUGGGAGGAAAUUCCAAAACAAUUAUGAUAUCAACUGUGACCCCAGCAAGUAAAUAUUAUAAUGAGUCGUUGAGUACAUUAAGAUAUGCUCAACGAGCUAAAAAUAUUGUAAAUAAACCAAAGAUAAAUGAGGAUACCAAUGUAGCAUUAAUACGACAAUUACAAGAGGAGAUUAAAAGAUUAAAACAUGAGUUGGCCAACGCACAAAUGGCUGGUUUACCAGUUCCUGUACGUGAUAAAGGAACUGUUGUAGAAAAACUACAAGAAAAAGAAAACAUGGCUAAACAGUUAACUCAAAGUUGGAGAGAUAAAUGGAAUGAUCCCAUGGAGCAGGGGGAUGAUGAUGUUCUAUGUUUCCACGAGUUAAGGAGAGCAAGUUCUCAUGGUAUUAUUCUAGACUCUCAGAUACCCCAUUUAAUUGGAAUGGAUGAAGAUAUUUUAAGUACUGGUGUCAUCAUUUAUCAACUUGAUGUAAGUAUCUGA